GAUGAUACUAUUAAAUACUCCAAAUAUCCCUUUAAAUUUAUUAAAAAAAAUCAUAAAUAUUGCAUACUUUGAUAAUUGAAGAAACAAAAAUAAUUAACUCCGACAAGAAAAAAGAAAAGCAUACUUCCGCUGUUCCGCUCCAGAAAAAAAUGGAAUGAAAUGAAUAGUUACCCAGUCACUAUAAUCAUUCAAUCCAUGUCCUAUCCUAUUUAAGUAAGCAGCUGAUUCGAUUUUCUUGAAGGUAGUGGCAGAAAGAAAUGAAGAAAACCAAACUUAAAUGCUUUGUGAGUGCCACCUACUUCUUGAUCGUAUUCAUUUCUGUAGUCAAAUCCUCCAUUGAAGAACAAACAGACGUCAAAAGAAGCGAUUUUCCACAUGGGUUUCUCUUUGGAGCUGCCACUUCCGCCUAUCAAGUGGAAGGAGCAUUUCAUGAAGAUGGGAAGAGUCUAAGCAACUGGGAUGUUUUCUGCCACGUUGAUGGAAAUGUCGUAGAUGGGAGUAAUGGUGAAAUAGCUGAUGAUCACUACCAUCGUUUCAUGGAAGAUAUUGAGAUAAUGGAAUCACUAGGGUUGACUGCUUAUCGCUUUUCGAUUUCGUGGAGCAGAGUUCUUCCUAGAGGCAGACUUGGUGAGAUUAACCAAAUUGGAAUCGACUUUUAUAGCAAGAUUAUAGAUAAUCUCCUACUUAGAGGCAUUCAGCCUUUUGUGUCUCUUUUCCACUUCGAGUUUCCUCAAGAACUCCAAGAGCGAUUUGGGGGUUGGCUCAGCCCUUUAAUGCGAGAAGAGUAUGUCUACUUUGCUGAAGUAUGUUUCAGAAGCUUUGCUGAUCGAGUGAAGUAUUGGGUGACAUUCAACGAGAUCAACUUGUAUUCAGAGUUCGCCUAUGAAAAGGCGAUGUUUCCACCUCUUCGUUGCUCACCUCCUUUUGGUGACUGCGCAAGUGGGAAUUCGGAUGUUGAGCCUCUGACUGUGGCUCACAACCUUCUGCUGGCACAUGGCGAAGCUGCUAAGCUGUAUCGCGAGAGAUUUAAGUCCAAACUGGAUGGCUUACUGGGCAUCACCAUGUCUGCUUUCAUGUACGUACCAUUGACAGCUGAUGAGAACGAUAAGGAAGCUGCAAAUCGGGCAAUGGCUUUUAACGUUGCUUGGACGUUGGAUCCACUCGUGUUUGGGGAUUACCCUCCGGAAAUGAGGCGAAUCCAUGGAAGUGAACUACCAAUAUUUUCUACAGAGGAAAGCUUGAUGUUGAGCAAGAGCAUAGACUUUAUUGGGAUAAACCACUAUACCACACUCUAUGCAAAGGACUGUAUCCAUUCGACCUGCAUAUGCAAUGUCAAUGACAGUAGCUGCGGUGUAGGCAGUGAUCGUGCAGUGCGUGGAUUUGUCUACACUAGUGGAUACCGCGAUGGUGUUCCAAUUGGGGAACCGACUGGAAUGUCUCGAUUCUUUGUGGUUCCAAGCGGCAUGGAAGCUAUGGUCGACUACCUCAGGGAGAGAUACAACAACAUGCCAAUGUUUGUCACUGAAAAUGGUUAUUCGUAUCCUGCUGAUGAAGACAAUAGCUUGCAGCUGCAUGAUGUCGGGAGAAUCCUGUUUCAUCAGUCGUAUCUUGCACAUCUUGCUCGAGCUAUAAGGAAGGGGGCCGACGUUCGUGGGUAUAUGGUGUGGAGCUUGAUGGAUAAUUUCGAGUGGAAUAAUGGGUAUGGCAUCAAAUUCGGAUUGUAUGAGAUUGAGCAACCAACGUUGAAGAGGACUCCCAAACUCUCUGCAACUUGGUACAAAGAUUUCUUGAGCAAUUCAACCAUUUCUGAUGCAACAAUUUCAUAUAAUCAUGAAUCAGGGCUUCAAUCUCAAUGACCAAACCACUGCGUGUGGGGGUUCAUCAUGUUUAAGGUCUAUUUUUUAUUAAAAAAAUUGCAACUUUCUUUAAAUAAAAAGCAUGUGUUAUAUAAUUCGAUCGACCUGCUAUUAUCUUCAUGUCUUGAGCAUGCUCAAUGUAGAAUAUGUAUUGUGCGUGCAGCGUGUAUCAUGUAUGUACGUACGUGAUAGAAUAUCAUUUGGAAUAUAUAAAUAAAUUGAUCAUUUAGUGAAA